CGGCUGGAGCGCCGGGCGGGCGGCGCGCGCGUGGGCCUGGCUGGCGGCCCGGUGCGCAUGCGCCCCAGCGCGCCCCCGCACAGCCCCGCGAGAGGAGCGGCGGUCCUUCCUCCUGGUACCUGGUGGGAGGUGGAGCGGGGCCGAGGGUCCUCUCGGCGGACCCUUGCCAGAACUUGAUUAAUGGAUACCUGGAAGUUGACCUACAUAUAUAUUCAGAAAUGUUUUGCCACCUGAGACCAUUGAGGAGGUUAUGUCCAGGAAAGGUAUUUCCGUACUGGUUUCUCUACUCAAGAGCCUUAUCGGGAGCCGAAGCAGUCAAUGCCUUGAGGCCAUUCUAUUUUGCUGUGCAUCCAGAUUUCUUUGGACAGCACCCCAGGGAGAGGGAAGUCAAUGAAAAUUCUCUUAAGAGAUUAAGUGCCUACUUAGAAAACCUCCAGAAACCAGGCUUCAAGUCCUUGAAACCAACCCAGCUUAUGUUUUAUGUAAGAGAAACAGACCAGAAUUCCUCUGAUGGCCAGGAACACUUCAGCACUUCCAGAUUUCGAGCAGUCAAAUUUACUUUGCACACCAGAGAUCUGCUAAGCACAGUAUUGUAUAUUCUCAACUCCUGCAGUUUAUCUAUUGAACAUGUCCAAAGCUUGAAUACUAAUGUGCAUUCCCAGCCUCUCAAAGAGGCCAAAAGACUAUCUGACAGGCCCAUCAAAUGGGACAAGUCUUAUUACUCCUUUACUGGAUUCAAGGACCCUGAGGAAGACCUCGAGCAAGUCUGGAGAAUGGAAACAACCCUAACAUCCUGGUUAGAUAACAAUGGGAAAAGUGCUAUUAAAAAGCUGAAGAAUAGUUUGCCACUUAGAAAAGAACUAGAUCGUCUAAAAGAAGAACUCUCUCAUCAAUUACAGCUCUCAGAUAUCAGGUGGCAGAGGAGCUGGGGCAUUGCCCACCGCUGCAGCCAGCUGCACAGUUUAGGCCGCUUAGCCCAGCAGAACUUGGAAACCCUGAAAAAUGCAAAAGGAUGUACAAUAAUGUUCACAGACCGGUCCGGGAUGAGUGCAGUGGGCCACGUGAUGCUGGGGACGAUGGAUGUCCAUCAUCACUGGACCAAACUUUUUGAAAGAUUACCGAGUUAUUUUGACCUGCAGAGGAGGCUGAUGCUUUUGGAGGAUCAAAUAAGCUAUCUUCUAGGUGGCAUCCAAGUUGUUUAUAUUGAAGAAUUACAGCCAGUCUUGACACUUGAAGAAUAUUACUCUCUUCUUGACGUGUUCUAUAAUAGACUCUUGAAAAGUAGAAUACCUUUUCACCCUCGAAGUUUGCGUGGUUUACAAAUGAUCCUUAACAGUGACAGAUAUGCUCCAAGCUUGCACGAACUCGGGCAUUUUAACAUCCCCAUCCUCUGCGAUCCAGCCACCCUCCAGUGGUUUAUCCUCACCAAAGCCCAGCAGGCCAGAGAGAACACGAAAAGAAAAGAGGAGUUGAAGGUCAUUGAAAAUGAAUUGAUGCAGGCUUCCACGAAGAAAUUUUCUCUGGAAAAGUUUUAUAAGGAGCCCAGCGUUUCUAGUAUACAAAUGGUGGAUUGUUGUAAGAGACUUCUAGAACUAUCACUGCCUUAUCUACAAGGGAUGCACCUCUGCGUUUCCCAUUUUUACUCCGUCAUGCAGGAUGGAGACCUUUGUAUUCCUUGGAAUUGGAAGAAUGGAGAAGGCAUUAAAUAACACAGAAAUCUGUCUUAUAUUUUAAAGAGAUAAGAAACUGUGAAACUUAUUUAAAUCCACAGUUUGUUGUAACACUAUCAUUUACAUGUUACAAGAACAGAGUUUCUAACUGCUGCUUUAAAAGUAGACUUUUUGAAAAAUUAAUUUCUAUUAGGGAACUUGUUUCAAAAAGGUUUUCUCUCCCAGUCUUAUAGUGUUUCUUACCUCAUUGGCAGGACCAGCUGAAAAGAUGUUAGAAAGAAAACAUAUUUGCAGUGGUAUGAAAAUGGAGGAUUCUACAGGAUGAAAGAUAGAUACAUAUAGAUAGAUAUGUCUAUAUAUUUUUUUUUUCUUUUUUAACAUGAGUGAAUGUUGGUAAGUAUAAACAGGUUCUCAUUCAUUAUAGCUCUGGAGUCACAGCACUCAUUUCCACCUGUAACAAUUCAACAUGCGACUUCAUAGUUACAUCACGUGUAUCGAUACACACACCUGUGUCUUGCGGCCAAUUAUGGACAGUUUGUCGUCCAAAACAGAUGACCGAUGGGUAGUAAAACUUCGUUAAUCAAAUUUUCCUAUAGAGAGAGUAGAUGGGAAAAAGCAGUUGAAUGACUACAUAUUGACAUUAUCAUACACCAUCUGAUAGAGUUUUGUUAAAGCAUCUCCAGUAACAGAGAAUUUAAAGUUUUCCUAUGCGUUAAGAUAUUGUAACUGUUGGUAGCCUGUAACCAAGAAACAGUGAAUUUUUUUGAAUGAUUGAAUGAGGUGAUUCACUUGUUUUCGGGGAACAAACACUAUCCAGGAAAAUCCUUGUUUCUCCAAGAGUUCCAGCAGGCAGGGUCAAGUCUAAAAUGAUUCGGACCACUCAGCAUCUGUCGCUCCUCUCAGACCCCAGUCUUCCAGGGAUGGGAGCGCUGGUUAAGCCUCUCUGAGUCACCCCGUGUCCAUGGUUUUGUGGACUUUCCUGGACCCACAGCCCAGCCCAGCCUCACGCUCUGUAGACACAGGGCUUCUCUCCCUGCAGACAUUUCCCUUAGGACAAUACUUUGAACCAGAUUCUAAACCUCUUCAGCUUGUUUCUCAAGAUGGCAAGGUGAGUCCAGGUUUGUAACACCAUUUUUGAGGCUGUUACUACUGAAGAAAUAAGAAAGGAAUUUUUUCCAUAGUGCGUUAGAAAGGAAAAGAGAUAUUAAAAACGAUUCUUGAAAUAUGUUUUAAAUUUAUCUAAAACAAUGAUUAUUUGAACGCUUUAAAUACAAAUGUGUGUUCGAAUAAAUAUUGAUUCGUAAUUAUUAUAGUUUGCACAUAUCACCCCUUUUAACCUGUGCCUAACAACUGCACUUAAUUUUUUUUUUCUAAUGUAAAAAUGUUGUUGCCUAUAAAGGUUUUCCAGAGCCAAAUGAUGGGAGAGAAAAUUUCUUUAGAGGUACAUAAGACUUCCCUGGCAGUCCACUGGUUAGGACUCCACGCUUUCACCGCUGAGGGCACAGGUACAAUUCCUGGUUGGGGAGCUAAGAUCCCACAAGCUACACGGCGCGACCAAAUAAAAAAAUUUUAUGGAAAAAUAGGUUUGGAUUAUGCCAUUUCUAAAAUCAACUAAUAUAGUAUCCUCAGUAAUAUGUUUUGAAUUGGACUUUGUCUCAGAACUAAUUGUUACAUAAUAAAUACAUUA